AUGCAUCAAUGCGUGAACGGUGUGAUGGACGAUCAAGAUCCACUGUCUGUCAUGUCACCGAACCCGAUGAUGCUGUUUUACGAGGACGAGUCCUCUGAGUGCUACGAUAUUAAACCCGAUGUGGAUGAUAUAAAUGUAGAUUUACAAAUGGAACAAUGUGAUGCAACAAUAGAACAAAAUCGCGAGUUCUACGAUAGCGGCAGUGGCAGUGACGAGCAAGUAUUACGCCGUGCUAGUCGAUCGAGGCGGAAACCGGCCACCUCUACAUCAUCAGGUGCCGCUAGUGGCGGUUCAGCUACCGCCUCGGGAUCGGGUCGACGCCGUCGUUGCGGAGUUUCCGCCCGCGAACGUAAUCUUCGUCGCCUGGAGAGUAAUGAGCGGGAACGAUUGCGAAUGCAUUCGUUAAAUCAAGCUUUUGAGGGGCUUCGCCAUGUUAUACCACACGUUAAAAAGGAUAGUCGAACUCUGUCAAAGAUAGAGACAUUAACACUUGCCAAAAAUUACAUAAAAGCUCUCACUAAUGCCAUUUGUACGAUGAGAGGCGAUGUACCCCGUUAUCAAUUCAACGAUAACGACGAAACGGUGGUACCCAUAAUAUUUUUAACAAGCGAUCAGGAGCAGCAUAAUAACGUACCGCAUAGUGCAGGAAGGCAGGACCCACAGCCCACUCGAGAAAGUCUCUGA